UAUAUAUUCCUGCCCCUACCUUCCUUCCGUUAUUUGCGCUGAAAGAAAGCUUCCAUGAUUGUAACGUAAAUGUUUGUGGUAUGCAGUUGUUAUGAAGCGCAGACAUAGUGGGGGAGCAUGAAGUUGGAGUCACCAGAAACAUUUGAGGAUGUUGCAGUGUCAUUUUCUGAGGAUGAAUGGACCCUCCUGACAGAUGAGGAGAGGGAGCUGCAUCGGGAGGUGAUGGAGGAGAAUUACAAGACCAUGAUAUCAUUGGGAUACAACAUUCCACGGGAACACUUAUUGUCACUGCUAGAAGUGCAUGCCAUCUCCAAUUCUUUCCGUAAUGAAACUGUAGGAGUGAAGAAUAUUUCUGAAUUUAACUGUAUUGAAAAAAAGAAAAAAAGAAAGCACAGAAAAUCAGUUCAUAUGAACAGAUUUUCCCACCACAGUAAGAAAAAAAAUAAAAUACAACAUGCUGUUGUAAAAAAAAGAGGACGACCCCGAAUACAUCACUAUGCACCAGAAACAACUGGUUCUCACAAAAGAGGCCGACCCAGAAUACAUCGCUAUAAGCCUGCCUGGUAUGAGAUGUUUGGUCAUGGUACGGUAGUAUAUUGCACAAGUAGUGAAUUAUUCUUUGGUGCCGCACACUGUGCUGGGUUCCCAUCAACUGUGGUUUACCAUCAUAUCGUUCCCCCUUACCUUGGCCAGUACGCAGAUGAUAUGGCUCAAAAACUGGGAAAGCCUAGUAAUCAAGUUGGGCAGAUGCCACUCCCUCAUGGUGCUGAUAUGCAGUACUACAGUAAUUCUGAGAUGUACUGUGGCAUGACCCACCUUACAGGAUUUCCAUCUAACAUGACUUAUCCUCAUAUGGUUCCUCCAUAUAUCAAACAAGAGCCAGAGACACCACUGAUCAAGAAAAUUGGAAGACCCAGAAAAGUUCUAGAAAAACAUGUCAUCCGGCGAAAGGUGGGAAGGCCUAGAAAAGUUCUAGAAAACUUCAUAAUUCAACGAAAGGUGGGAAGGCCUAAAAAAGAAAUUCCUUUAAUCAAGAAAAUUGGAAGACCUAGAAAAGUUCUAGAAAAUCUUAGAAGCCGAAAAGUGGGAAGGCCUAGAAAAGUUUUAGAACCACUUGUUACCCGAAAGGUGGGAAGACCUAGAAAAGUGGUAGAAGAACAUGAGCCUAGAAAAAUUGGAAGACCUUGCAAAGUGGUAGAAAAAGAUGAGCCUCAAAAAAUUGGAAGACCUUGCAAAGUGGAAGAAAAUCAAGAACCUCAGAAAAUCGGAAGACCACACAUAGUUCCCCUUGUCCGCAAAGUUGGAAGACCCAGGAAAGAUGCUGUACUUCCAGAACCUGAUGCUGUACUGCCAAAGCCUGGUCCCAUAAUCCGCAAAGCUGGAAGACCCCGGAAAGAUGCUCUACUGCCAAAGCCUGAUCCCAUAAUCCGCAAAAUUAGAAGACCGAGUAGAGAUUGUGUAAGCCGGAAAGCUGGAAGACCCAGGAAAGAUGAUGCACUGCCAAAACAUUAUACCACAACCCACAAGAUCGGAAGACCCAGGAAGGAUAUUUUCCACCAGAUGGCUAAUAGCAGCCAUUUUAAGAAGUAUCGAUUGAAAAGACAUUUGAGAUUGGAAAAUAGAGCCCGAAAAAUUGGAAGACCAAUGAAAGCUGCCAUUCUGAUAAAGUCUGAAAAUGGAGCCCAAAAAAUUGGAAGACCAAGGAAAGCUGCUAUUCUGAUAAAGUCAGAAAAUGGAGCCCGAAAAAUUGGAAGACCAAGGAAAGAUCUGUAUUUCGCAUUUUUUUCAGAUGUUAUUCCUAUAAAAACUGAAAAUGAUGCCCCAAAAAUUGGAAGACCAAGGAAAGAAAAUGGAGCCCGAAUACUUGGAAGACCAAGGAAAGAUGUUAUUACUAUAAAAACUGAAAAUGAUGCCCCAAAAAUUGGAAGACCAAGGAAAGAAAAUGGAGCCCGAAAACCUGGAAGACCAAGGAAAGAAUUUCCCGUAUAUUUUUUUCCAGCUGCUAUUCUGAUCAAGUCUGAAAAUGAAGCCCAAAAAAUUGGAAGACCAAGGAAAGAUGUGUGUUUCCCAUUUUUUUCAGAUGUUAUUACUAUAAAAACUGAAAAUGAUGCCCCAAAAAUUAGAAGACCAAGGAAAGGGAUUGGAGCCCGAAAAAUUGGAAGACCAAGGAAAGCUGUUAUUCUGAUAAAGUCUGAAAAUGAAGCCCCAAAAAUUGGAAGACCAAGGAAAGAUGUUAUUCUUGUAAAGACUGAAAAUGAAGCCCCAAAAAUUGGAAGACCAAGGAAAGUUGUUCUGAAAAAGUUUGGUGCUAUUCCCAUAAAGACAGUAACUGUGGUACGCAAAAUUGGGAGACCCAGGAAGGAUGCUGUACUGCCAAAGCCUGAAAAUGUGGAGUCCGUAAUUGAAAGACCAGGGAAAGGUGCUGUUCCCAUAAAGACAGAAAAUGUGGACUCCAUAAUUGAAAGACCAAGAAAAGGUGCUGUUCCCAUAAAGACAGAAAAUGGGGCCUCCAAAGUUGGAAGACCAAGGAAAGAUACUGUUCUGCUAAAGCCUGUUUCCUUUGUAGAAGCUGUGGUCCGCAAAGUUGGAAGACCAAGGAAGGAAACUGUGGCCGCCAAAGUUGGAAAACUACAGAAAGAUACUAUUCUGCUAAAGCCUGUUACUGUGGUCCCCAAAAUUGGAAGACCUAGGAAAGGUCUCAUAACUUGCGAAAUCAGAAGACGCAAGAAAGGUUAUUUGAUCCGCAAAAUUGGAAGACCCGGAAAAGAUGCUGCACUACAAAAACCUGAUGAGAAAACCUUACAUGUGAGCCGCAGAGUGGGACGACCCAGAAAAGCAGUACAGGUGAUCCGCAGAGUUGGACGGCCCAAGAAGGCAGUAGAAGUGAUCCGCAAAGUGGGACGGCCAAGAAGAAUUACAGCAGAUCAAGAAAUCCGCAAAGUGAGACGACCCAGGAAAGCAAUACAAGUGAUACGCAAAGUGGGACGGCCCAAAAAAGCAGAACAAAUGAUCCACAAAAUGGGAAGGCCCAGAAAAGAGAAAUACUUAACACGGAAGGUGGGAAAACCUCCAAAAGAGGAAAUACCACAUAGAAGAGUUGGAAGACCUAGAAAAGAUUUUAAAAUAAUUUUAGAAGAAGCACCAAGAAGGAAAGCUGGAAGACCAAGGAAAGAGGCAGCAGUAAUUCAAGAAAGGGACCACACCAGGAAACUGGAUCAAGUACAUCGGAUACCUGUGUCCCCUUUGAUAUUCCUUUCUGGACAGGAUUCAAUCACCACUUCUUUCUCCAGGAAGAAAAUGUACAUAGAACUCAGGAGGGGGAACCAGAAAGUCAAUGGCGGGAAGAAGAGCAGUUCACUUUGAUUAAAACAAGCUGAAGUCCUUUGAAAAAAAUGACAGUUCUUUCUUAAUACUGUUGUAACGGAAGGAUAUGUUAGGGUCUGGAUACAACCACCAGCUUUACUCCGUUUUAACUUUUUAAAGGAAUUGGAAUCAUCAGUGGAAUGUACUUCACACAUACUGCGUGCUCAAAUAAUGGAAUAGAAAACUGACUCAUUUGAAAAAUAUUUCUCUUUUCUAUGUCUUCGGUGUUGUUUAGUCUGUGUAACAGUGAGUUGGAACAGACUUCUUUAUCCUAAGAUGACUGCUAUUCUCCUGAACUAAAUGGAGCUGUAGAAAUUUCACAGUCAACAGCAGAUACAGGGGUUCAUUUAUUGGCAGAUGUCUGUUCUUUGCUUCCAUUGGAUAAUCCUGAAAGAAUAUUGAAUUUGAAUUUAACUCCUGUUUCGUAUUCUUGACAACUAAGGACCAAGUUUUGUUAAAAGUGUGCAUUUUUUAGAGUAAAAAUGAAAUGCAUUUUGUUUUUUUAUUCUUAUUGCGCCAUCUCUUUAGUCACCUGUAAAUGUGACCUUUUGCCAUUUCAAAUUUGCAUGAUUUUUUCAACUACAUUUGUGUUAUGUCCAUUUACCAAGUUAUAUACUUAACCACAACAUGUGCAAAUAUUCCUGAAAAUUAAGUUUUACCCUAAAUUUUAUAUUUAAAUGUGAUUCUUUGACUUUUUAAAAAUUAAAAUAUUUGCAUUUGUUGUUGUAA